GAAGUUGGGAUGUUUGGAUGGAGAACUUGGAAAAUGGCGAACACAUACAGAAUGACAGACAGAGACAUCAGACUGAUGAUACAGCUCCGAGCCACCAACGCCGCCAUCUUCACCGGCAGGAGGAACUCUGCCAUGAGAGGCUGGAGGUCAGUCUGGUUUCCAUUCAUGAAAACCAAAAAUAAAGCCUGGUGAGGGACUGAGCUGGAGGAAUGAGGAGUCACCGGUGGAUUUGCAAAAGGAGGGCAAUAAGAAAAGAGAUGGGCCUCCAAGGGAUGUUGUCAGCACGGCAGCUGAAGAAGAAGUGGGACAACUUGAAAGAGAAGUACAAGGUGCUGAAGAACCCUCCAGAGGGCAUGGAGACCUUGACCCUGCCCAGCUCCUGGCGCUGGUUCCACCUGAUGGAGGAGGCCAUGAGCGGCCGCCUGGCCGGGACCGCCAACAUCGUCCAGCCCUCCCUGAUGGACGAGGACGAGGAGCACAACGCAGCCCUGCCUCCGCUCAUUCUUCCCAACACGGGAGGAGCUUUUUCUGGACUGGGUGUAGCUGGAACGGGAGCUCUGGAGGGUGUCGGGACGCUGCGGGAGGUCCUGGAUCUAAAUGGAAUCGAAACGUGCGUUGUUGAGGCAGUGAAGAGAACUGAAUCACCUGCAGAGGUUGUUGGAGACGGAGUCCAUGUGAGACGCCCUGAGUGUAAGCCGACUGUGAUGAAGAGUCAACCUGUGAUAAACAAAAGCCAGACCGCUUCACUGUACGUCACCUUACUGCCUGACUGCAACGCAGAGACCAACAAGACGCCUUCCUCCUCCAGCAACAUCGUCAGGGAGGCAGCUGAGGUCGACAGGAAGCUGGCUGAGCUGCUGACAGAGAGACAGGCUCUGGAGAGAGAGCAGGCCGAGUUCGACAGAGAGUUGAUAGCUUUAGAAAGAGACAGAGAGCUGCUGGACAGAGACAAGGCCACUCUCGAGCGAGACAGAACGACUGUAGAGAGAGACCGAGCGGCUGCGGAGAGAGAACGAGCGUUUCUGGAUCGAGACCGAGCAUUUCUAGAGAGAGAACGAGCGAUUCUGGAUCGAGACCGAGCGUUUCUGGAUCGAGACCGAGCGUUUCUAGAGAGAGACCGAGCGUUUCUGGAGAGAGCCAGAGAGGAUGGAGAGAGAGAGAGAGCGCUGUUGAGGAGAGAGAGGGCAGUCCUGGAGAGGGAGGGGGUGGCUGUGGACGGACAUCAGGCUGAGAUGACGACAGAGAAGGAAGUCGUACUACAGACCCGGUUCUACCAGAGCCUGAUGGCUGCAGAUCUGGAUCCAGACCAGCUGGAGACCAGACAGAGACUGUUUUCUUUGUUCCAGAGGCUUGUUGAGAAACUGUGAGUGGAGGAUGUAUUGUUCUGUGUUGUAAAGAUAGAUUUCAUGUGAUGAAAGGCUCCCAGUUGCAAAGGAUAAACAGAUUUAGACCACUGACAACUAUUUCUGGCAGUUUGUUUUUCGCUGUUGCCAACUGCUCUUCAUGUGUUAAUAAAGACUGUGUUCCUCUCCUUUGCUGUAGAAA